AUGGCGCAACGAGGGAAUCAGCUCGAUCGGGAAACAUGCUGCUGUUCAAUCUGUUUGGAUCUACUAAAGGAUCCAGCGACUAUUCCCUGUGGUCACAACUACUGCAUGAGCUGUAUUAAAAGCCACUUCAAUGAGGAAGAUCAGAAGAAAAUCUACAGCUGCCCGAUGUGCAGAGAGACCUUCAUACCAAGGCCUGUUCUGGUGAAAAACAUCAUGUUAGCAGAUUUAGUGGAGGAACUGAAGAAGGCUGGACUCCAAGCGACUCCAGCCGAUCACUAUGCUGGACCUGAAGAUGUGGCCUGUGAUUUCUGCGCUGGGAGAAAACUGAAAGCUGUCAAGUCCUGUCUGCAGUGUCUGGUCUCUUACUGUGAACAACACCUCCAGCCUCACUACAAAUCCCCUGCCUUUGAAAAUCACAAGCUGGUCGACCCUUCCAAGAAACUGAAACAGAAGAUCUGUCCUGAUCACAAGGAGGUAAUGAAGAUUUUCUGCUGCACUGAUCAGAAGUGUAUCUGUUAUCUCUGCUCCAUGAAUAAACACAAAGGCCACAAAACAGUUUCAGCUGAAGCAGAAAGGACAGCGAGGCAGGAAGAGCUUGGGGCAAGUCUUCAAAACACCCAGCAGAGAAUCCAGACCAGAGAGGAAGAAGUAAAGGUGCUUCAGCAGGAGGUGGAGGUGAUCAACCAGUCUGCUAACAAAGCAGUUGAGGACAGUGAGAAGAUCUUCACUGAGCUGAUCUGUCUCAUCAAGGAAAAAAGCUCUAAACUGAAGCAGCAGAUCAGAUUCCAGCAGAUGACUGAAGUGAAUCAAGUCAAACAGCUGAUGAAGACGCUGGAGCAGGAGCUCGCUGAGCUGAAGAGGAAAGACGCUGAGCUGACGCAGCUCUUACGCACAGAGGACCACACAGAAUUUCUACUCAGUUACCCACUGCAGUCAAACGUCAGUGACCCUACGGACACAUCCAACAUCAAAAUCCGUCCUCUGAGGUACUUUGAGGAUGUGAAAGCAGCUGUGUCAAAGGUCAGAGAUAAAAUACAGGAAAUCAUUGGUGAGGAAUGGUGCAAAUUCUCACUGACAGUGAGAUCAGUGGAUGUUUUGCUGCCUAAAGCAGAACCCAAGACCAGAGAUGAGUUUUUAAAAUAUUCAUAUCAAAUGACGCUGGAUCCAGCCACAGUCCACAAUCAGCUGAUUCUAUCUGAUAGGGACAGAAGUGUAGAAGACAGAUAUUCGUUGACAUAUAAUUCUGACCCAAACAGAUUCACUGAGAGGCAGCAGGUCCUGAGUAGAGAGAGUCUGACUGGACGUUGUUACUGGGAGGUGGAGUGGAGCGGGAAAGAAGUUUCAGUAGCCGUGGCAUACAAGAAUAUUUCCAAAAUGGAUGAAAGUGGAUUUGGAAACAAUAGUCCUCAGUCCUCCAGAGUGGGAGUGUAUCUUGAUGCCAGUGCAGGUAUUCUGUCAUUCUACAGCGUUUCUGACACCAUGACUCUCCUCCACAGAGUCCAGACCACAUUCACUCAGCCGCUCUAUGCUGGAAUUUGUCUUUCAACGACUUUUUGGAACGAUACCAGUGCCAGGUUUAUUCAGCUAGAAUAGACAGGAGAUAUUAAAAAGUCAAUGGGGACACUAUUCUUAGUUUGUAAAUGGAUUUUCUCUCUUUCUUUGUCACCCAUUUCUCUGUGACGUGGUAUUUUGACAUGUACUUCUCAGAGAUCAAAUGCCAAUCAAUCAGUGUGGACAGGACUGUGAUGUACUUGUGUGAUUUCAUGCUGAUGUAGUUUAUCAGAUUUAACUUUUACUGUCAUUUUGUAAAUGUGUUGCAAAGAUGUAAUCAAUACUCUGAUCAACACAAAAUUAUUUGUCAUGUUACUGACAUACUGUACGUGUUUAACAGUGAUUACUGUAUAUGAUGAAUUGAAUACAGAUAUUGAAAAGCUGAACUGUCA